CAGGUGUUUCAUGUCUACUGUGACUUCCAGGACCACAAGCCCUUUUGCUCCCACCAUGUCUUCACCUAAGAGAUCUUCAAAGCCCAGUAUGUCCCCGGCACCCAGUGGAUCCUCCAUGCCCACUGCGGAUCCCAAGCCUCCUGCCUCCUUGAAGUCCACCAAAUCAGCAACGCCCAACAGAUCUUUAGUGCCCACCAAGCCAGCGACAUCCCCCAACUCGGUCGUGAGCCCAAGCAGUUCCAAGUCCACCAAAUCGACCAGUACAAAAAGAGCCCCUUCGAACCUGCCCAGCAGCAGGUCCCGAGUCCGCAGCAAGGCAAGAACACCCAGCAGGGUGAGCACCGACACCAGGACCAGCAAAGCCAGCAAAGCCAGCAAGGCCAGCGGCGUGAGAUGCCACCAGCGGAGGGGUACACACAGCCGGGGCAGGACACCUGGCAGAAGGGGAAGCCGCAGCUCCAAGAGGUCACCCAGCAGGGCCAGCACUCCUGGCAGGAUAAGAACUCAUGGUGCCAGACCAGGCAUGGCCAGCAGGGUGAGAACUCCCACUUCACAGCAAAAACGGAGCCGGAGAAAGAGUUACGGCCAGCAUGGAACCAGCAACAGGGAAAGAAGUGACAGCCAGCCUAGAAAUAUGAGCAAGAAGAGUUACCGCCCACCAGGAGGCUCAGGUAUGGGGAAGAGUUCCGAGCUGGCUGUAACUCCCAGUAGAGCCAAGUGUCAAACCCUGACUGGAAUUCCCUCCGAGGAGAAGAGUGACAGCCCAUCUCCAUCGUCAUCAAGGAAGGUGAAGAGCUACGGUCAGAUGAUCAUCCCCAGUAGGGAAAAGAGUUACAGCCCCACUGAAACGUCCAGCAGGGUCAAGAGUUAUAACCAGGCCAGUACCCGCAGCAGGCUGCAAAGUCACAGUCAAUCUAGAAGCCCCAGAAGGUCAAGAAGUGGCAGUCAGAAGAGGACGCACAGCAGGGCGAGAAGUCACAGUUGGAAGAGAAACCACAGCAGGGCAAGAAGUCACACCCGGAAGGGAAUUCUGAGCCAGACGAGAAGACAUAGCCCGUCUAGAACCCACAGCAAGGGGAAAAGUCAAAACCAACCUAGAACCCCCAGAAGAGGAAGAAGUCACAACUGGUCUAGAAACCCCAGCGAGGAAAGAAGUCAUAGCCAUUCUAGAAGCUCCAGCAAAGACAGAGAUCACAGAGGAUCUAGCAGCCCCAGGAAGGAGAACGGUCACAGUCCAUCUGGAAGCCCCAACAAGCAAAGAGAUAGCAGCCCAUUUAGAAGUCCCAAGAAGGAGAGAGAUUGCAGCCGAUCUAGAAGUCCCAACAAGGCGAGAGAUCAUAGCCGAUCCAGAAGCCCCAGCAAGGAGAGAAAUCACAGCCAACUUGGAAGCCCCAGCAAAGAGAGAGAUCGCAGCCGAUCUAGAAGCCCCAGCAAGGAGAGAGAGCGCAGACAAUCUAGAAGCCCCAGCAAAGAGAGGGAUCACAGACAAUCUAGAAGCCCCAGCAAGGAGAAAUAUCAUGGCCGACUUGGAAGCCUUAACAAGGAGAGAGAUCGCAGGCAAUCUAGAAGCCCCAGCAAGGAGAAAGAGCACAGCCAAUCCAGAAGCCCCAGCAAAGAGAGAGAUCGCAGACGAUGGAGAAGCCCCAGCAAGGAGAGAGAGCACAGACAAUCUAGAAGCUCCAGCGAGGAGAAAGAACACAGACAAUCCAGAAGCCCCGGCAAAGAGAGAGAUCACAGACAAUCUAGAAGCCCCAGCAAGGAGAAAGAACACAGACAAUCCAGAAGCCCCAGCAAAGAGAGAGAUCACAGACAAUGGAGAAGCCCCAGCAAGGAGAGAAAGCGCAGACAAUCUAGACGCCCCAGCGAGAAGAAAGAACACAGACAAUCCAGAAGCCCCAGCAAAGACAGAGAUCACAGACGACGGAGAAGCCCCAGCAAGGAGAGAGAGCGCAGACAAUCUAGAAGCCCCAGCGAGGAGAGAGGUCACAGCCGAUCUAGAAACCCCAAUAGGCAGAGUGGUUACAGACAACCUAGAGCCUCCAGCAAGGAGAAAGCUCACAGCCAAUCUAGAACCCCCAGCAAGGAAGGAAAUCAUAGCCAAUCUAGAACCUCUAGCAAGGAGAGAGACCCCAGUCAAUCUACAGUCCCCAGAAGUCCCAAAUGGAAGAGAUCCCCUACCAGGACAAGGAGUCUCAGUCAGAAUAGAACCCCUAGCAAGACAAGCAGCCACUCCCCAUCAACAUUUCCCAGUGGAGGCCAAACCCUAAGCCAGGAUGACAGUCAAGCCAACGCCACCACCUCUAAGGCCACCUUACCUGGGGAAAGGUCUUCAUCGUCUUCUUCCAAGCUGGCAUAGCCCCCAGUCUCAGCUGGCUCACGGGUCUCUGUCAUGGCCAGAAGAGGGGACAGGAGACAGCAGAGCAGCAGCUGAGCAGUGUCCCUCCCCGGCCAGCUCUCCACAGCCACACCUCGGCCACAAGUUCUCUAAUACAGGAUGUUGGCAGGUAGAGAGGGAUGCUGGAUGGGGGAAAGGAAAGGCCUGUGAUGAUUCAAUAAAUUUUUACAUAGCACCCAUCCCCA